AUGAAUCCUCUUUUAUUCUGGUACACCUCUUUUGUACUUACAGGGGGAUGUCUUUCAUUGUUGCUGCCGGAAAUAUUCCAGUGUAGGGGUAUAGAAACGAUAAGCCAAAAAGAUAGAGAUAGCACUUUCUCCAGAACAGAAGUCUUGGAACACUUGAGUGCAAAGCAGAAUGACAUAAUAAAAGAUCAAUAUAUUGUUAUUUUUAAAAAUAGUGCUAUGAUGGCUGAAAAAGAACUUCAUUUCAAACAACUCAAGAAUUUUAUUAAAACCUAUUCCUAUGAAUGGGAUGAAAAGGAUGACCAUAAAUCAAAUCUCAACAUUUUCAAAAUUGGUACCACCCUUUCUGGUUAUAUAUUAAGAGGUCCAAUAGAAACUUUGCAGCUUUUGCGCCAAGAUCCAAUAGUUCAACUGAUUGAACCUGACUCAAAAGUACAUGCUCUAAAGCUGAAAAUACAAGAAGAUACACCUUGGGGUCUUUCUAGAAUAUCACAGAGACCAAGAGUUAGGAUUGGCCAGGAUCAAUUAUACUACUAUGAUGAUGCUACUUCCGGGAAUGUUACCGCAUACGUUCUUGAUACUGGCAUUAUGAUUUCACACGAGCAAUUUAAUGGCAGGGCGCGCUGGGGCAAAACAAUUGUGCCUAAUGAUGUUGAUGAAGAUAAUAGCGGUCAUGGAACGCACGUUGCUGGUAUUAUUGCGUCUGAUAAGUUUGGAGUUGCCAAAACUUGCGAAGUAGUCGCCGUCAAAGUCUUAAGAAGUAACGGAGAAGGUGAUAUGUCCGAUGUGCUCAAGGGAAUUGAAUUUGUUGUUGACGAUCAUUCGAAAAAUAAAAAUUAUAGUAAAGGGUCCGUGGUGAAUCUGUCAUUAGGGGCUUCCAAAUCACCAGCUCUGGUACUAGCUAUUGACGCUGCCAUAAGUGAAAAUAUACAUUUUGCAGUUGCGGCAGGUAAUGAGAAUAUGGAUGCAUGCUAUACUUCUCCAGCCGAUGCUCGUCGAGCAAUUACUGUGGGCGCAUCGAUUUUUAGUGAUGAAAGAGCUUUUUUUUCAAAUUGGGGGGAGUGUGUUGAUGUAUUUGCGCCAGGUAUGAAUGUAAUGUCCACUUAUAUUGGCUCUGAUAAUGCAACGUUAAGCUUGUCAGGAACUUCUGCCGCAGCACCAUAUACCGCAGGGUUAAUAGCAUACUAUUUAUCUCUACAGCCAGACAAAGAUAGUGGGUACUUCACCGGAGAAAUGACCCCCAGUAAACUAAAGGAAAAAAUCGUUGCAUUCGGCUCGAAAGAUGUACUGUAUGAGCUGCCUGAAAACACACCAAACAUUGUUAUUUAUAACGGUGCUGGAAGGAAUUUGAGCCAUUUUUGGAAGGAUUAUUGA